AUGGACUCGCCAAAACCGCCGAUCUUAUUCAUCCAUGGCCUGUGGGUUACCGCUGCAUACUGGGAACAUUGGGUACCGUUCUUCGAAGAUUUGGGGUACGAGGUACACGCCCCCGAGUGGCCGGGAAUCAACGGCCGCACCCCCGAAGAGGUCCGGGCCGAUCCUCAGCUAUUGGCCAACAGGCACAUUGAAGAAAUCGUCGGAUAUUAUGAGGCCUUCAUCCACAAACUGCUAGCACCACCUAUCAUCAUCGGCCACUCUUUCGGUGGCCUGUUUGCGCAAAUACUGUUAUCACGAGGGCUCGGCGUCGCUGGUGUCGCAAUAUGCCCAGCACAACCAGCAGGAAUCAUCACGCUGCCGCAAACGACAUUCAAAGCCGCACUUCCGAUCAUCAAGAACCCGUUCAAUGCGCACACCACCGUCUCCAUUUCAAAAGAACACUUUCACUGGGCCUUUGUCAAUAACACCACAUCUGACAAGAGCAAAGAAUACUACGAGCGCUACUGCAUUCCGGGUGUCGCAAAGGUCCUCUGGCAGCUGACCACCCACGUCGCAGGUGGGCUAUCUGCUCCGACGUACGUUGACUUCGACAGGGUCGACCGGGCCCCGCUGUUAUUACUCUCAGCCUCAAAAGAUCACAUCGUACCUCCGAGUACGGUGAUGAAAAACUUCAAAGCAUAUACCGGGCCUUCACUUGUGGAAUACAAGAUGUUCCCCGGUCGCACGCAUGGGAUGAUAUUUCAGCCCGGGUGGGAACAGGUUGCUGACUACGUGUUGGAUUUUAUUGAGGAAGUGGUCCAAUGA